AUGCCUUUGGACGAAAGUUUAUAUCGUUGCCAUAGCUUACUUGAUAUAAGAAGAAAUUAUCGUUGCCGUAGCUUACUUGAUAUAAAGAGAAAUAUUAUAGUCUUGAAACCAAACUAUGAAUUCUUGAUGUGGAAAUUUCCAGAAAAUUACGAUGUACCGAGAAAUCCUUUCCCUUUUCUGCUUUUUAGAGAUAACUAUUUAGAAGCAACACGAUCUAUUCAAAGAGAUUUAAAAGACGACAAAGAAAUUGCCGAAGCGUGGAAAAAUGCGGAUGAUAAAGUUCGUAAAGAAUACGAAAAGUUAUGUUAUCUCAAUAAAAUCCCUCAUCCGAAUACUACAUCAAGUUUUAUUACUACUUUUCUCUAUCGUGUAAAUUAUUGUUUCAUUUAUACGAUUUCCCAACCUCUUUUAACAGCUUUACUUAAAAGGAAGUUAGAAAAAGAGGCAACGAAGCUCUACGUAAAAAAAUUAGCAGCUAUUAGCAAUGUACCAUUACAAUCAAAAGAAAUUCAACUUUAUAUUUUUCAUAAAUUCGCGACUCUUUUCAAAUUUCAAAAAAAGACGAACAAACAAGCGCACACCUUUUAUUUGCUUAUUUGUGGAGACGGAUAUUCUAGACAAUUCGUCAAUUGUUCUUUCAUGGAUCAAUUUUUUUAA